UUGAUGUUCUAGUGGCUGCUGCAUUGUGGACGGCAUGGCAUUCGAAGUAGGAGCACGAUUUAGUUGUUUUAGCGAUUUUGAUCGCGCAUUCAGAGAAUUCCAGGUCGAAAAUAAUACUUUUCGUAGCAAAAGCGACAAAGACAGUAGACGUUGUCAGUUCGCGGCUAAGUGUCGGACUUGAACGUCUGCAAAAGAAGCUCAAGUACGCAAAUGCUACGUAUGUGCGUAAACACGCCGGGGAGCGGAGAUGCACGGCUACUGGCGUACGACCUCAGCAAAGGUGAGCUGCAAUCCAUCUAUCCUUUCUUAACUUGUACACUUGAACAAUGAGCCGGCCUCGUGGGUUACGUUUGCAGUAGUUACCAAUAGAAACAAAAAUGUGCGCAGGACCAUGAAGCAAGGGUGUCCCGCGACCGUUGUCAUCGCAGCACGUCGGAGCAGCCAGCAGUUGGAGAUAACAAAGAUUGACUGCAACCACAAUCACGAAGUGAACAAGGAAAUUUUCCACUUGUACCCGGAAAACCGCCGGCUUACGCACGAUGAGAAGGCAUAUGUCCUUCCUUUGCUUGACCUCAAUGUGUUGCCGAACGUCAUAGCUGGGAAGCUAGCAGAAAAGACGGGAAAGGUGGUAACGACGCAGGAUCUGCACAAUGUCAAGCGAAAUCGUCACGGCGAGACGAACCUGAGCAACUUGUUCAGAAGAUAGAAAAGUGUCGUCAGCAACACCGGGCAAACAUAAUUCCCGUCACAGACGAAAAUGGGGAGCUGCAGAUUUUGUUCAUUCAAACGCCACACAUGCAGCAAGCAUACAAGUCCUUCCCAGAGGUGGUGUUGCUUGAUGCAACGUAUAGGACAAACAAGUUAAAGAUGCCACUUUUUGUAUUUGUCGUGCAAGAUGGGUGUGGCGAAAGCCAGGUAAUUGCUUACGCUUUUGUUGCUUCUGAGCAGUGUCACCACGUCACUGAAAUGCUCAGCGUCUUCGUGAAGGAAAACCCUUGGUCUGAAAAUACUGGUGUUGUAGUCGUGGACAAGGACUUCACCGAAAUUAGCGCAAUUCGUAGCGCUUUCCCAUCUGCUCCAUCAAUACAGUUGUGUCAGUUUCACGUGAUGAAAGCAUUCAGAACAGCAGCUAGCCACUUAGCACGUUCCAAUGAAGAACGUGAUAAAAUGGUGACCACAUUCAACGAAAUGCUGCACGCCCCCAAUUCAAGCAAAUUUGAAGACGCGCAGUCAGAGUUCACAAGGUUUGCAAGCAAAGAAUCAAUAGAAUACCUCGAGAAGAAUUGGCUAUCAAUUAAGAACAUGUGGGUUCGCCACAUCUGCGACCAAGAGUUCACGUGUGGAGCCAACACGACUAACAGAGUUGAAGCGCACAAUGGUUUUAUAAAAACUGCAUUGUCAUCAUCAACAAAGCUUCAUGAUGCUGUAAGGAAACUGCUAGAUUUAUCAAGCAGCAUUGAAAGAAAGUCGGCCCACUUAGCAACGCUGCUGAAGACAUCCGUCUUCUACAACCAUUCUAGCAAUAAUAAAGUUGAGGAGGCAUGUGCUAAAGUGCUGACCCCGUUCGCUUGUGGAGUAAUUAGAAAACAGUUCUGCAAACUUGCAGAAAAUGAUAUUGAAGUGACGAAAACAACAGAAAAUUUGUACCAUGUUACAUUUUCGAAUGGAGAAAGGUGGCAUGAUAUUUCCAUUGAAAGUCACUCGUGCAGCUGCACCUUCUCUUCCAAAAUGGGGUUGCCUUGCCGGCACUUGUUGGCCGUGUACGUCAAAUAUGACAUUGAGCCUGACUUGGAAAAAGCAGUACGAAGCCGCUGGCUCAAACGGUACCAGGUCGCAUUCUUGCCAAAUCAGCAAGCCGCUCCUGAGAACAGCACCCCCACAGACCAACUCCGAAUACUUUCGAUGCCUGGCCCAAAGUUUGAAAAAAUGAACCGUAAUCAGCGAUACAAUUUCGCUAUGCGGACACUCAAGUCGCUUGCCGACACGUUGGCCGAUUGUCAACCUGAUAUCUUUGCACAACGACUUGGGCUCUUGGAGGACUUGAACAGCACUUGGCUCAAAGGAGGUGAAGAGAAAAAGAGGGACUGCUCUAUAAAUUUAGCCACCAGCAGUGACAGUGAGUGUGACACACCAGCAGCUGAAAAUCCUCAUGGUCAAGCAGUUGAAGUUGAAAACAUGCACAAUGAACCUGAGGAAGCUGAAAAUCCGGGUCAAGCCAUUGAGCUGGAAAACGUGCAGGAAAAAGCUGGGGGAACCCGACAACCCUGGUCAAGCCGUUGAGGUAAAGAGCGUGCAGGGGAAAUCUGAGGAAACAGGGAAAAGCUGUCCAAUAAAGCUUCCAGCGGUGAAAAGCAGAGGACGUCCUGCCAAGCGCAUUCGCCAAAGAACAAUAAAGAGCAAGAGACAAGAAGAAGGUCUUGUGCCUUUCAAGGAUUUAUCUCCGAGGUCUCAAGAAAAAUUGCUCCUAACUGGCAUUGCUGGCCAGGAGGCUGCAGCACGUGUUUUGAAUGAAGGGAGAAUCCUCGAUGAGAUGAUAUUGAAGUGCGCCCUGAGGAGUUGCCGAGCGCCCUCCUAGACCACCGGGUAUCAUUGCCAAAGCUGAAGAAAUACUUCACCGCAGAGGCAUGGCUGUUGCUCUCAUCAUCC